AUGCUGACCCUCUGGGCCCUGGUCUUCACGCUGACCGUCCAGGCAAGAGCACUUGACCUGCAGAAUCCAUCUUUGCUGCUGGGAAAUCUCCCUCAAUUAGCCCUUGAGGUCACCAAAAAAGCCCCUCUCAAUCUGCCACCCGGACCACUGUUCAGAAGUGCCCCAAAAGAUUCUCCAUCUAAGAAACAUCCAACUAGGACCCCAGGAGGCAGGUGUCUACCAGUGGCCAGGUACUUCAUGUCUAGCAGCAAACUCGAAGAAUAUCUGAAUGCCACACUGCCCCCACAGAUCGAGAAGAUGCUGAUGUGUGAGGAGAUAGAUCUAGCUGGUGUGCUUGGGACAGUGAUAUCUACAUUGUCUAACUCCAACCUACUGUCUGUGUUAGACCUCACUUCAUCCCUCAACAUACCUGGAAGUGAUGUUCUUGGUGGUAUCCUGGGCAAGGAAAGUGGUGGCCAGUCCCCAAAGCUCCCACUGUCAUUGCUCUCAACAGCCACUGAUGCCCUCAAUAUCCAAGAGACUCUGGGCAGACUACUACCCACUGGUGCAGAGAAGAAUCCUGUAAAAGGACUUGUCAACACCCUUGACCUCCCAAAUCUCCCCCAGCCUCUGAAUGAUAUCGUUAACCAAGCCGGCAAGCUCACAGAAUCCACAGAGGGUGUGCUGAACAGUCUAGUGCCAGUAGGUGUUAGUGAUGCAGUCACAGGCCUGCUGAGAAAUGCUGACCUAGCAGAACUCUUACUGGGAUUAAAUGUUCAAGAAGUGACUGUGGAGAGUAUGACAUCAACCAUGACAGGUGAUGGGAUCCUCGUCUCUACCACAACUACCGCCUUCAUAGGUGGAAAAGGCCUAGCAGGACCUGUAGUCAGCCUACUGGGAUAUCAAGUACACAGUGAUAUAACUCUGAAAAUUGGCAUUUCCACGAACAAUACCCAAUGCAUCAACCUCCAAGUCCAGGACAAGGACAUCAAGUUCAAGAAAGUGACCCUUCAGGUAGUGGAAACGGUCACAAAUACUUUGCCAGUGCCUCUGCCUUUGGACCAAAUCGUUUCUCAAGUGUUGACAGUAGCUAUGAAAGAGAAGCUUCAAGAAGUAGAAUCGUGUGACAUUGAUCUCAGUGAUUUCAGCAAAUGCAAGAACUCUACUGACUUGUUCAAGUACAACGUUAAAAGUUCCAGGACUUCUGCACAAGGUCUUUCAAUCUUCUACUGUGCUAAAGCCUUCUUUAACAAAUAUAUAGUCCCUGUACCUGGAAGUCCCCUUCCACCAGAUCCUAGAAAUGCCAACAUUUCCCUAACUCUGUCCCAUAAAUUACUCACCGUUAUCAUCACACUGAGUGUCAAGCUGAGCUCCACCAAGAUGAAUAACCUGGCUGCAAGCAUCACCAAAAUAACCUACUCCUUCAAGUCAGGCAACCAACUCCAAGUCACCUUGUGGAUUACCGUGGAAAAGGAUGGUGAGAAUUUUUCUACCGUGGAAAUGACCUCAAUCAUCUCCCAUGACAGCAAGAUUUCAAAAGACAAAUUGAUACCAGACUUCAAGAUUACGAGCUCUGAAGACAAGGUGACACCACCUGAGGCUGAAGCAGAAGUGCAAGAUAUAUUGCUUGAGGUUCUGAAGAAAUUCUUGUCUGCCCUUAAUGAACUGAUAAGUGCAUGGAAUGUUCCUCCAGGACUAACCUCAAAUCCUCUAACCAAUGCCAAGGUUAAAGUACUUAAAUUGAACGAUCUUCAGGCAGCAAACUAA